GAGGGCCGCAUGGGUGGCGAAGUACGCGCCACCAAUCGACUGCUGUGCACAGCCGGGAGCAGAGCUUCCUCGGAGGAGAUGCUGCCGCCGGACGGACUCUGCGACCUGAUGUUCUACACGGAUGUCGUGUGGCAGGACGGAGCGCUGCGCGGUGCCCAGAACAAGGAGAGCUGGGAAGCUUUCCAGGCUGCUGCCGAAGCAGCCACGAGAAGCGGACACGGACUGUCAGUCGAUUACGGAAGAGCCAAUGACCUUUUCGGGAGCCUCACUACACCUCUGGGUCGGCAGAAGCUACGCGAGCUGUUUUUCAAGAACGUCGUCCACUACGGCAUAUUGAAAGCAACGGGAACGGUGGCGCAGCUCCUUGAAGAUAUGCAUGGAAAGCUAACACUGCUGAAGGCGCUGAAGCAGCUCCAAGAAAAGUUCAUGUCCGAGGCCCCAAUGACGAAGCCGAGGCUGGGCAUUGCUCUCGGCGUCAGAUUCACCACUUACGACAGCCCUGACGACAGCAAGCUUCAUUCUGCAGCAAUGACAGCUAUGUCCAAGUAG